UUCAAUUACUCAUUUUCUCUUUGCUAACAUUUUAAAUAUACUAAUUAUAUUUUUGAACGAUAUAUGUGUAUCAUACUCUAUAUACUUUAUUCCUCGUUAGUUUCUAUUUGAUAGUCUUGUAAAUAAACGAAUGAUUAUCAAUUUGAACUAAGAAAAUCAAUUGAAACGAAUCUAGUUUUAAGUUAAUCGACUAGACUUACCUAACAUAACCUCCAACAAGGUUAUAAAUAGAGAACCGUUGUCUCGUGUUGUACCAUAAUCAAACUGAUAAACAUUUUCAAAAAUGCCACGAUUACCUCUGCAUCCCUCAUCGGGGACUGGUAUUGUGAGUAGACUUUCUAAAACGAUACGACUUGUUCGCUACGGAUGUGCCAACAGACCUUUUUAUCAUAUUGUUGUUAUGACCACUAAAAUUGGGCAGCAUAAACCUCCAAUAGAACAAUUAGGCAGCUAUGAUCCUCUGCCGAACAAGUAUAACGAAAAAUUAAUUUCAUUAAAUUUUGAGAGAAUACAAUAUUGGCUAGGGCAAAAGGCGUUAGUAUCAAAACCAGUGGCAAUAAUGUUAGGACUUUGUGGUUACUUUCCAAUACAUCCAAGAACUUAUAUGAAAGCAUGGAGAACUCGAAGGAGAGUUGCCGCAAAAGCUGAAACAAAUAAGAAUUUAGAGUCAGAAGCAAAAUCAAAGGCAGACGCUGCAGGUUAACGUCACUUAGUUAUUUUAUUUGUAUCAUAAAUUUAAUUUGUAAACAAUGUACGCAUUUAAAUAAAACUGUUACGAAAUGAUAUGUUA